UUCGCCCGCGCAGCGCCGCCCGGUUGCUCCUCCGGUGCUGAGAGCCUACGAGGCCGGGAGCCGGGAGGAUCUGGGAGGCGGGGGCUUACUUAGGGAGACCGCGGACUUGAAUCGGAGCAACCCUUUAGAGACUCGGUGCAGUCAAAAAGAGCCACCAUGGGGACCACUGCCCCAGGACCCAUUCACCUGCUGGAGCUAUGUGACCAGAAGCUCAUGGAUUUUGUCUGCAACAUGGACAAUAAGGACUUGGUGUGGCUCAAGGAAAUCGAGGAGGAGGCGGAGCGCAUGUUCAUAAGAGAAUUCAGCAAAGAGCCAGAGCUGAUGCCCAAAACUCCUUCUCAGAAGAACCGACGGAAGAAGCGACAGGUUUCUUGUGUUCAGGAUGAAAACAGAGACCCCAUCAGGAAGAGCAGAUUAUCCCGCAGAAAGACUCGGAGCAGCCAGCUGAGUUCCCGGCACCUCUGUAGCAAGGACAAGGUGGAGAAGCUGGCCACAGUGAUGGGGGAGAAUGGCUCUCCUGUGCUGCAGCGGGUGACCCGAGCUGCAGCCGCCGCAGCUGCAGCCGCCGCAGCUGCAGCUGCCGCAGCUGCAGCUGCUGCUGCAGCCUCCUCCACAGCAUCGGCUGAAUCUUCACCUAUCCCCGAGCUUCCCAGCAUGCUGACCGAGAAGCCCAUGGUGGUGAUAGGCCUUACUGAGCGCCGGAGUGCUGAGCAGUGCCUCACUCAGAGCAUGGCUGCCUCAGCUCUGUCACGGGUUCCAUCCCCAGCUCCCACUCCAGCUGCACCUCCGGCUUCCCAGGGCAUCCCGACAUCGGAUGUUGAAUCAACACCUAAGAAGUCAGAGGCCGGAAGACUGGAGUCUGUCACAGUGAGCUCUUUGAUGGCUACGCCCCAGGACACCAAGAGUCGAGGGGUUGGGACUGGACGGUCUGUGUCCAAGCUCAAGAUUGCGCAGGCUUCCCCAGGUCUGUGGGACUCACACAGCUCUCCAGACUCUCCAUGGAAGGAGCGGGUGCUGGCCCCCAUCCUGCCAGAGAACUUCUCCACCCCCACGGGCUCCCGUGCAGUCCCUCAGUCAGUGCGUCGCAGCCUGAUUGCCCUGUCCUCCCCGGAUGCCCAAGUCUUACUCACCCAAAAGUGUUCCCUGGUGUCCAGACAGGAAGGCACCAGCCGCAGAUCAAGCAAAAAGAUCAAGAAGGCUGCCAAGGAGCCAGCUGCCUCUGCCCGCAUCAUCUGUCACAGUUACCUGGAGAGGCUCCUGAAUGUUGAGGUGCCCCAAAAAGUCAGCCCUGAGCACAAGGAGUCCAGUGACAAGGAUGAGCCUGUGGAGGCAGACGAGCCAGAGGCCUCCAAGAAUGAUGGGAGUAACUCGAGGCUCCAUGGUGCCACCAAGGUUGCCCCUAGUACGACCACGUUGAAGCCUGCAGCUGGUGACCAGGAAGCACCCUCUGAAGGGCAACAAGAGGCCAAGACUGAUGAAGCAGAUAGACACAGAGAGCCACCCCGGAGUGUCAGGAGGAAACGCAGCUAUAAGCAGGCGAUGAGUGAACUGGACGAGCAUCAUCUGGGGGAUGAGGAGCUGCAGCCCCCCAGGUGUAAGACUCCUUCCCCACCCUGCCCAGCCAGCAAGGUGGUACGGCCCCUCCGGACCUUUCUGCACACAGUGCAGAGGAACCAGAUGCUCAUGACCCCAACCUCAGGGUCCCGCAGCAGUGUCAUGAAGUCUUUCAUCAAGCGCAAUACUCCCCUGCGUGUGGACCCCAAGGAGAAGGAGCGCCAACGCCUGGAGAAUCUGCGGCGGAAGGAGGAGGCUGAGCAGCUGCGCAGGCAGAAGGUGGAGGAGGACAAGCGGCGGCGGCUGGAGGAGGUGAAGCUGAAGCGUGAGGAGCGCCUCCGCAAGGUGAUGCAGGCCCGAGAACGCGUGGAGCAGAUGAAGGAGGAGAAGAAGAAGCAGAUAGAGCAGAAGUUUGCUCAGCUCGAUGAGAAGACCGAGAAGGCCAAGGAGGAGCGGCUGGCAGAGGAGAAGGCCAAGAAAAAGGCGGCGGCCAAGAAGAUGGAGGAAGUGGAGGCGCGUAGGAAGCAGGAGGAGGAGGCGCGCAGGCUCAAGUGGCUCCAGCAGGAAGAGGAGGAGCGGCGCCAUCAAGAGCAGCUGCAGAGGAAGAAGGAGGAGGAGCAGGAGCGGUUGCGCAAGGCCGAGGCCCGGCGGCUGGCCGAGCAACGCGAGCAGGAGCGGCAGCUGGCAGAGGAGCGCAAGAGGGAGCAGGAGCGGCUCCAGGCCGAGAGGGAGCUGCAGGAGAGGGAGAAGGCCCUGCGGCUACAGAAGGAGCGACUGCAGAGGGAACUGGAGGAGAAGAAGAAGGAGGAGGAGCAGCGCCUGGCUGAGCAGCAGCUGCAGGAGGAGCAGGCGCGCAAAGCCAAGAAGGCGACUGGAGCCAGCAAGGGCCUGAAUGUGACCAUAGAUGUGCAGUCUCCAGUUUGUACCUCAUAUCAAAUGACUCCACAAGGGCCCAGGACCUACCCCAAAAUCAUUACAGAGGAUUAUGGGAUGGACCUGAAUAGUGAUGACUCUACUGAUGAUGAGGCCAACCCCCGGAAGCCUAUUCCCCUCUGGGCCCAAGGCGCCCAGCUCUCACAGACUUUCAUCUCUCAAUACUUUAACCCACCGGACACUAAGGAGCUUUUUGGACCCAUUCUCCCGCUGGACUUGGAGGACAUCUUCAAGAAGAGCAAGCCCCGCUACCACAAGCGCACCAGCUCGGCUGUCUGGAACUCGCCGCCCCUGCAGGGCACCAGGACCCCUGGCAUCCUGGUCCACAAUCUGAAGAAGUACUGAAGCAGGCCCAUGGCCUCUCUGCUGUCUCUGCGCCCAUCUGUCUGUCUGUCUCUGUGUUGGCUGACAUCUUCCUGCUUGGUCUGUCAGUGCUGAGGGCUUGGUCAGGUGGCUGUGAGCCUCCUUGGUGUGCGGGUGUUUGUGCUGCAGAUGGAAGGUGGCCCCAGGCCUGCAGGGGCCAUGGGCUUAGUGGAUGGCUGGGGAGGAAGCAGGCCCAGCCCCAACCAGCCUGCAGGCAGCACUGUGUAAAUAGAUUAUUACAAUUCAGCAGAAUUUUAGUCUGUAGAGUUUUAGAGGUAGAUUAAUAAAGUGCAUUCUUUCCAGCCUUCUGUGGAUGUCGUGAAGACCAGGCUCUGCGGCAUCAUGCCCCAGAUCCUGGUCCUGCAGGCAUGUGUCUCUGGCCACCAGACGGUCUGGAGAAGCAAGGCACUGCUCCUUCAUCUGGGUGUGCUCCGUGGUCACUGGUGGGGGGAUCCCGCUCCAGAGGUACUGACUUGAGGGCUGAAUCCGAUACCCGGGGAGACACUUUAAUGACUUCAUGAUGGGGCAGUGAAGAUGCUUGCUGUUAGUAAAGGAAUUUCAUUCUUUUGGAAAGACUUGGGCCUUGACACAGCCCUGCCACUUAGUCCCUCAGCCUAGCUACUCCUCAGGCUCCACCCUUGCUGCAUGGGUGGUGAAAGGACUUGAAAGAGUUCAAGUGCAUGAGCUCUGAUUAGAAAAAAAGGAGGUCCUUUGAGACCACCUUGGGACCAGGGCAGUGGGAGAGUGCCCCAACAUUGAGACCAGACAGCUGCUAAUUAAAUGGUUGGUGCCAAUCAAGAGUGGCCCUGGUCCUGGCUACUAGGUGUCCUGCUGCUCUAAGUCCCUAGAGUCGAGGUUGGUAAACUAUGGCCCAUGGGCCAGAUCAAGCCACAGUCAAGUUUUAGUUUUAUUGGAACAUGCAGAUUGGAAAUGCUGGUUAGUCUGUCCGUCCCCACCUGCUCUCACUUGAGGGUAGAAUUACGUUUUGCAGCAGAAGCCUUGUGGCUUAUAAAGCUGACAAUUUUUGUUGUCUGAACCUGUACAGAAAAACUUCCUGACCCCUACUUUAGGAUAAAAUAAAGGCUAAAUAGCAGAAUGCUUUAAAAAGAAAAGAAAUGGUGAACUCACAUGAUAAACCAAAGCUAGAAGAUUCUGCCCAUGCGAAGAAAAACAUUUUACAGUUCAUUCAAAUAUGGUGGACAUGCAGAUUUGUUUCAUCUGUUCUCCUGACUGGAAACUUACGUUAAGUAAACUGGAGAGCAUGUCUUUGUCUGAAAUCAUAACAUCAAAUUUUCACUGUGAUAAGCAUAUUGAUACAGCGUGUCCAAGAAGCACUUAUUCAACAGAAAGGCAAUUUAAGUUGUGUCUUGAUCAGCAUUUGAUGUUGUCCGUAUUUCUUUAUCCACUGUAAUAGGAGUGUAGUGGUGUCUCAUGGUUUUAAUAUUUCCUCAAGGCUGAAAAGGGUGUAUAUUUUUUCAAGUGCCUAUUUGCCUUCUGUAUAUCAUUUUUGGUGAAGAAUCUGUUCAAGUCUCACUCAGUCCUAAAUUGUGUUGUUUAACCAUUGAAUUUAAGAAUCCUUGCAUGGUGUAAAUACAAGUCUGCUGCCAGAUACGUGCUCUGUACUAUUUUCUGCCGUUCUGCAGCUUGCCUUUUCAUUUACUUCCAGUCACAGAGCAAACAUUUUAAAUUCAGCAAGUCUACUUAUCAUUUUAUGGGUUAUACUUUUUUGAUGUCAUGUCCAAAAGAAAUCUUUGUUUAGCGUCAAGUCCCAAAGCUUUUGUAUGUUUCCUUCUGAAUGUUUUCUUAUUCUAAAUGUUAUAUUUAGACAUGAGAUAACUUUUAGUUUGAGAUGACUUUUUAAAGUGUGAGGUUCAUGCUUUUUGUUUUUAUUUGGGGCACGUGGACGGAUGUCUAGUUGUUUCAGCACCAUUUGUUGAAAAGACUGUCCUUCCUCCACUGAAUGUCCUUGGUAUCUCUGUCAAGAAUCAGUCAGCCACGUUCAUUUGGGCCUAUAUAGGACUUUUUUUCUUCAUUCAUCUGUGUCUCUUCUUUUGCCAAAACCACAUGGCCAAGAUUGCCAUACUUUGUAAUAAUCUCAAAAUCUGAUAAUUUAAACCCUCCAGAUUUCUUUUUCCUUUCCAAUUUGUUUUUACUAUUAAUUUUACCUUUCUACAUAUAUUUUAGAAUUGGUCUAUCUAUACAAAAGUCCUGCUUGGGUUUCCAUUGGAAUUUCAUUGUAGAUGAGUUUGGAGGUAAAUUCACAUACUUACAAUAGUGAGUUUUGUGAUUCGUGCAUGUGAUAUGUCUCCAUGUAUUCACAUUUUAUAGUUUCUGUCAUCAGCACAUUGUAGUUUUGGCAUACAUUAUCUUGUACAUAUUUCGUUAAAUAUUUAUUUUCUGGCCAUUAUUGUAAAUAGUUUUGUUUUUCUAAUUUUUGAACUAUGCUUGUUCAUUGCUGAUAUAUAGAAUUACAAAUGAUU